CCCUUGUACUCGGGUCGCCUCCAAGAUUUUAUCGGAGCUAAUUCAAUUCGCCUUCCUCUCAUUCGUUGGAAUGCCGUCGCAUCGCAUUGCUGAACAUCGUCAAGUACCGUAGUUUUUUCUCUUGUUAGAUGCAAGCAACCUCCGAUUUAUAUGCUCGUUGGUUCCCCCGCUAGACGGAGUAAUGCUACAAUAAGAGCCUCAUUUUGGUAAAGGCAAUUAUUUAACCAGGUCUUCGCCUAUCGGCAAGAUCUACCCUUAUUCCAAUAUUUGCAGCUUAAAUUCUCUUCGUCCCAUCUCAUCCCCGAAAUCCCCGAGUUCUAGUCGCACCCCUCGGACCUCGUCUCGACACGAUGGCGACUCCUCGAGCUCUCGUUCGAAGCAUACCUAAGCUUCAAUUCUCUUCCUCCCAGUCCCUAUCGCAAUUCAGACGGCCUGCUCUCUCUACAUAUAGCAGGAUAAGAUCUAAGACGCCGUUGAUAUGCCAUACCCGAGCCAGCGCUCCCAUACUCCGACAUUUUAGCACAUCUCCUCUGCGCCAGCAUGGACAUAUACAUCCGCCUAAGCCAGGCGAGGAACUCUACGUGACGUUUAUCGACAAGGAAGGAAAUGAGCACAAGAUCGCAGUGUCCAAGGGAGACAACCUGCUAGACAUUGCGCAAGCGCACGACCUAGAGAUGGAGGGAGCGUGCGGUGGCUCGUGCGCGUGUUCGACGUGCCACGUUAUCGUCAUGGACGACGAAUACUACGAGAAGAUGCCCGAGCCCGAAGAUGACGAAAACGACAUGCUGGAUCUGGCGUUCGGCCUGACCGAGACGAGCCGGCUAGGCUGUCAGGUUGUUAUGACUAAGGAAUUAGAUGGGCUAAAGGUCAAGCUGCCCUCCAUGACGAGGAAUCUGCAAGCGAGCGAUUUCGGCUCAAAGUAAUAAGAGAUAUGACCCGGAAAAGUUAAAGGCAAGGGAUGGACAUAUCAAGAACCACCGAACUGUACCAAUAUGACGACAGGUAAGGCGUAGCGCACCGGUGUGGUGGUGGCAUUGCAACUGGCAGCCAGGAUAAAACUAGCGAGCCAUACGA